AUGUCUUCAAAGGAUGAUAAAAAAGUAGAGGAUGAUUGCAAAAAAGAAGGAGAAGAUGAUAAAUCUAAACCACUUCAUAUUAAUAUUGGAGAUGGUUCUAUAAAUUUUCUACCUGAUUGGGUUGGAGGAUCUUCACCAGCACGUUUUAUUACUGCCGAAGAGAUAUUGUCAAUGAAUAGGACAAUAGAAAAAAUGAUGAUUGCACAUGAAAUUGCUGUAGAUCCAGAUUUUACAAUUGCCAAAUUUACUGAACCAUCAACUCCUCUACAUCGUCAAGUUAGAGAUUGUCUUCACAAAGCUUACUUCGACUCAUUAAGGGAUGCUUCAUUUAGUAAUGAAGAAAGUAUCAAAGCUCGAUAUAAGGAAGAUAUGUUAGAUAUUUUUAAAACAAUUAGACACCAGAUGUUAGAAGUUAUUCCAAUGUCUGCAAUAACCAUACAAAGUGAAAUUAAAGGUUUGUUAGAUGAUGAAAUUCUAAGAAAUCAAAGUGAUGAAAAUAUAAUUGAUUAUUAUGAAUUAACAACUAAAGCAUUAACAAUAGUAUCAAAAUUAUGUGCUGCUAAUAGAGAUGAGAUGGUUGGAGAAGCUUUAGAUGAAAAAGAAUUGUAUGAAAAAAUAAAAAAGACACUAAAUGUAUUAAAAGUUAUGAAAAUUGAUUAUGAAGAUUUUGCUUUAUACCAAAAAAGACAACUUUUCAUGCAACAUUCAUGUGACUAUGAAAGAGAACAAUUUUUAAAAUUACUUGAGGUCGACAAAAAUGCAGCAAAUAUAACUUACCAAUGGUUAAAGAAAGUUUUUGAAGGAUCAGAGUAUAGUGUACUAGCAACUUUAUCCAAUACAGAAGUUUCUGAAGUUAUUACUCAAGCAUAUAUGUGUUUAUUAACACAAAAUCCGGAAGAGUAUCCAGAAACUUUUAAAUUUGACGAAGAAAGGUUAAGAAAAAGUUCCUUGGAAUAUUACUGUUUAACAAUUUUACUAACAUCAAUAUUUAUUGCUACAAAUUUAUCUGGUAAAGAUAUAGCUGAAAAAAAAGAUUUUAAAAAACAAUUAAAAAGAGAUUUAAUAGCAUUAUUAGAUGAUUUAUCAUUUGACAAUUUAAAAGAGAAAUUAGAAAGUAUUUAUUUACAAAGCAAUCUUGAAAUAUCAAAAGCUGCUGAAUCUUUUGGUUCAAAUCACUGGAGUGAAAGUCAAAGCAAAGAAUUAAAAGAACAAAUUUUAAGUAUUGAAAACCCAAACAAUCCUGUUAGAAAAAUUGCUGCUUCCAGAAUUAGUAUUUUUAUUCAAGCUAUUAUUUCGGAAAGAGGUCAAAAUAACUGUCGAGUUCCUAAUGGUCUCAGUGUCAUUCAGGAUGAGUUAAUUGCUAUGGCUAAAAGUUUUCUAUAUUAUGUUAGUCAUAACAGAAAAACUUAUGGUGUUUUAUAUGGUUCUUUUAUCGACAAAAUGGCUAAGCAAUCCUAA